GCGUCCCGCGUGUGCUGCGCUGUGCAGCCAGACCUAACCGCUGGCCUGCCUCGGGCUGAGAAUUCACAGGCUCCUGGUCUUUGCUAGUGCUUUCCUCUUCCGUUUUCCCUCUGCUCCUGUUUUUCACACAAAGCCAUGUGAUGGAUGGGAAAUGUAUCCGCGUCUUGAUCUGAAGACGCAGAGAAACCUAACUGGAGAGAUCUGCCGGCAGCUGCAAGGGCUGCGAGCCCAGGAGUUGCUGAUAUGUGUUCAAGAUGAGUGGUAUGGGAGAAAACACCCCAGACCCAUCCCGAGCAGAGUCAAGAAAGCGCAAGGAUCCCGACCAGCUCGGACCCAGCCCCAAGAGAAGCACUGAGAAACGCAAUCGUGAGCAGGAGAAUAAGUACAUAGAAGAACUGGCAGAGCUGAUUUUUGCAAAUUUUAAUGAUAUUGACAACUUUAACUUUAAACCUGACAAAUGUGCAAUCUUGAAAGAAACUGUGAAGCAAAUUCGUCAGAUCAAAGAACAAGAAAAAGCAGCAGCAGCUAACGAAGAUGAAGUGCAAAAAGCAGAUGUGUCAUCCACGGGUCAGAGUGUCAUCGACAAGGAUGCGCUUGGGCCAAUGAUGCUUGAGGCUCUGGAUGGGUUCUUCUUCGUGGUGAACCCUGAAGGCAACGUGGUGUUCGUGUCUGAGAACGUGACGCAGUACCUGAGGUACAACCAGGAGGAGCUGAUGAACACAAGCAUCUACAGCAUCCUGCACGUGGGGGACCACAACGAGUUUGUCAAAAUCCUGCUGCCAAAGUCCUUAGUGAAUGGAGGAUCCUGGUCCGGAGACGCUCCCAGGCGGAACAGCCACACCUUCAACUGCCGCAUGCUGGUGAAGCCCCUGGCUGACUCUGAGGAGGGCCAUGACAGCCAGGAAGCACACCAGAAAUAUGAAACUAUGCAGUGCUUUGCUGUUUCUCAACCAAAUUCCUUCAAGGAGGACGGGGAAGAUUUGCAGUCUUGCUUGAUUUGUGUUGCAAGAAGAGCUCCAAUGAAGGAAAGACCACUUCUGCCUUCCUCAGAGAGCUUUACUACUCGCCAGGAUCUGCAAGGCAAAAUAACUUCCCUGGACACGAGUACCAUGCGAGCAGCUAUGAAGCCUGGCUGGGAGGAUUUGGUGAGAAGGUGCAUCCAGAGGUUCCAUUCACAGCACGAGGGAGAAAUCUCUUUUGCCAAGAGGCAUCACCAGGAAGUGCUGCGGCAGGGGCUGGCCUUCAGCCCCAUGUACCGCUUCUCGCUGUCCGACGGCACCAUCGUCUCGGCCCAGACCAAGAGCAAGCUCAUCCGCUCCCAGACCACCAGUGAGCCCCAGCUCGUCAUCUCCCUGCACAUGCUCCACAGAGAGCAGAAUGUCUGUGGAAUGAAUCAGGAUUUGACUGGACAAGGAAUGGGGAAGAUACUGAACCCGAUUAGCUCCAGCAGCCCUGCCCAUCAGGCCAUGUGCAGUGGGAACCCAGGUCAGGAUAUGACCAUCAGUAGCAAUAUAAAUUUUGCCAUAAAUGGCCCAAAGGAACAAGUGGGCAUGCCAGCAGGCAGGUAUGGUGGGUCAGGGGGAAUCAACCACGUGUCGAGCAUACAAGCAUCCACUCCUCAGGGUAGUAACUAUGCACUAAAAAUGAACAGCCCCUCACAGAGCAGCCCUGGCAUGACCCCGGGGCAGCCAAACUCGAUGCUUUCCCCAAGGCAUCGUGUGAGCCCUGGAGUGGCAGGAAGCCCCCGAGUGCCACCCAGCCAGUUCUCCCCCGCCGGGAGCCUGCAUUCGCCGGUGGGAGUCUGCAGCAGCACAGGAAACAGCCAUAACUACACCAACAGCUCCCUGAACGCGCUCCAGGCCCUCAGCGAGGGCCACGCCAUCUCCCUGGGGGCCUCGUUGGCUUCACCUGACCUAAAAAUGGGAAACCUACAGAAUUCCCCUGUGAACAUGAACCCUCCCCAGCUGAGCAAGAUGGGCAGCCUGGACUCUAAAGACUGCUUUGGGCUGUAUGGGGAGCAGUCGGAAGGUACGGCCGGGCCGGCGGAGGGCAGCUGCCAUUCGGCAGAGCAGAAGGAGGGCGAGGGCAGCGUGCCGGCCGUCAGCGGCGAGCGGCCUGAGGGACAGAGCAAACUGCACGAUGGAAAAAGCCAGACGAAGCUCUUGCAGCUGCUGACCACCAAAUCGGAUCAGAUGGAGCCUUCACCUUUGUCCAGCACCAUGGCAGAUGUCAGCAAGGACUCGGCGGGGGGCUUGCCUGGGUCUGGGUCGGCACACGGAACCUCGCUCAAGGAGAAGCAUAAAAUUUUGCACAGACUCUUGCAGGACAGCAGCUCUCCUGUGGACCUGGCCAAGCUCACAGCAGAGGCCACGGGCAAGGAGCUGAACCAGGAGUCCAGUAGCACAGCUCCUGGUUCAGAGGUGACUGUCAAACAGGAGCCAGCCAGUCCUAAGAAGAAUAAUAAUGCACUACUCCGCUACUUGCUAGAUAAAGAUGAUACUAAAGAUAUUGGCUUACCAGACAUGCCCCCCAAACUGGAGCGGCUGGACAGCAAGACAGAGCCCUCUGCCAGCACAAAGCUGAUGGCCAUGAGGACAGAGAAGGAAGAGAUAAGCUUUGAGCCCAACGAACAGCCUGGCAGCGAGCUGGAUAACCUGGAGGAGAUCCUGGAUGACCUGCAGAACAGCCAGCUGCCCCAGCUCUUCCCAGAGAGCCGCCCAGGCGUGCCUGCGGGCUCAGUCGACAAGCAAGCCAUCAUCAACGACCUCAUGCAGCUCACCAGUGACAGCAGCCCUGGCACAGCUGUGCCCACCCAGAAACCAGCCAUGAGGAUUUCACAGAGCACUUUUAAUAACCCUCGAGCAGGGCAACUGGGCAGGUUGUUACCAAACCAGAACUUGCCACUGGACAUUACGCUGCAGAACCCAGCAGGAGCAGGAACCUUCCCUCCCAUCCGAGCCAGCAGCCCCUACUCGGUGAUCCCACAGCCGGGGCUGAUGGGCAGGACUGAGGGGAUGAUGGGAGGCCAAGGAGCUCUGGGCAGCAGCAGCACAGGCAUGAUGGGUGGCAGCGCCCCUCGGCCCGCCAUGGCCUCCGGAGACUGGGGCAGCCCUGCGCCCGCCGCGAGGGUGAGCUGCGCGCCCGCGGCCAGCGCCAUGAGUCGCCCGGCGCAGGCAGGCCUCAUCCGCGCCCCUGCCGCCAGCCUGCCCCUGCGUGCCGGCGCCCAGCCCGCGCCCCGGCAGAUGCUCCCGGCACAGGUCAUGGGCAUGGGGCCAUCUGAACUGGAGAUGAACAUGGGAGGACCCCAGUACAGCCAGCAGCAGGCACCUCCCAAUCAGACUGCGCCGUGGCCAGACAGCAUCUUGCCCAUAGACCAGGCAACCUUUGGUAACCAGAACAGGCAACCCUUUGGCAGCUCACCAGAUGAUCUCUUGUGCAAUCAUCCUUCAUCAGAGUCACCAAGUGAUGAGGGUGCUCUGCUGGAUCAGCUUUACAUGGCACUAAGGAAUUUUGAUGGCUUAGAGGAAAUCGACAGGGCUCUUGGAAUACCAGAACUAGUCAGCCAGAGCCAGGCUGUGGACCCAGAGAGCUUCCCAAGCCAGGACUCCAGCCUGCUGAUGGAGCAGAAGGCGACGGUGUUCUCCCAGCAGUACCCGGCCCAGGCCCCCAUGGCGCAGGGCAGCUACGGGCCCAUGCCCGACCCUGGCUUCCACGCCAUGGGGCAGCGCCCAGGCUACGCUGCAGCGCUGCGCAUGCAGCCCCGGGCCGGGCUGCGGCCUGCAGGCAUGGUGCAGAGCCAGCCCAACCAGCUGCGGCUGCAGCUGCAGCACCGGCUCCAGGCGCAGCAGAAUCGGCAGCCACUGAUGAAUCAGAUCAGCAGCGUCUCCAACAUGAAUCUGUCUCUGAGGCCUGGAGUGCCAGCGCAGGGCCCACUCAACGCACAGAUGCUGGCGCAGCGGCAACGGGAGAUCCUGAGCCAGCACCUGCGGCAGCGGCAGAUGCAGCAGCAGCAGCAGCAGCAGGUGCAGCAGCGGACGCUGAUGAUGCGUGGGCAGGGCCUCAGCAUGACCCCCAGCAUGGUGGCGGCAGGGGGCAUCCCAGCCACCAUGAGCACCCCGCGCAUCCCGCAGGCCGGCACACAGCAGUUCCCCUUCCCUCCUAACUACGGUAUUAGUCAGCAGCCUGAUCCAGGCUUCACAGGGGCCACCACUCCUCAGAGCCCACUGAUGUCCCCGCGGCUGGCUCACACUCAGAGCCCCAUGCUCCAGCAGUCUCAGGCUAACCCUGCCUAUCAGUCCUCCACGGAGAUGAACGGGUGGGCACAAGGGAACAUGGGUGGCAACAGCAUGUUUUCACAGCAGUCCCCACCACAUUUUGGGCAGCAAGCAAGCACCAGCAUGUACAAUAAUAACAUGAACAUCAGUGUGUCCAUGGCAACCAACACAAGUGGUAUGAACAACAUGAACCAGAUGACAGGGCAGAUCAGCAUGACCUCAGCGACCUCUGUGCCUACAUCAGGGUUGUCCUCCAUGGGUCCUGAGCAGGUGAGCGACCCUGCUCUGCGAGGAGGCAACCUGUUCCCAAACCAGCUGCCUGGCAUGGACAUCAUCAAGCAGGAUGGAGACGCAGCGCGGAAAUACUGCUGACCCUGAGGGCACUUCGGUUGCUCCUUUCCUCAGCUGCCCGGGCUCCUGGCCCCAGACCCUCACCAGUGUGAAGAGCUGCGUCUGUCUGCUGCGACCCAGCCGAGUCGCGGGCAGGGCCGGUCCCUGGUCCCGGUCCCUGGUCCCCGCUCCCCAAGGGGAGCAUGAGGGUGGCCGCAGCCCAAGCAGCCUCCCUUGACAGUCUGGAGCUGGCGCACAGACAGAGGCUCAGUCUGUUCACUGCAUUCACCUUAGUGCAACUUAGAUCUCCUGCAAAGUAAAUGUUGACAGGCAGUUGUCAUAAACCAUGUCAGAUUGAAUGUAUUUAAAUGUAUGUAUUUAAGGAAAAACAACCAUGCUCUUGUUCUCUCUCUUUAGUUCUGGACCUUGGGGGGGUUUUUGCUUUGUUUUCCCUGGCUUACUCAGUCUGGUGCAAAGGAUUCCGUUCUGGCUGAAACUGGUGUUCAGACUAAAGCCUGCACUGGGGCCUGGAGGCGACCCCUGGAACAUGCAGAGACCUCCAGAGAGCUCCGGCGAGCACCUCCCGCCGACAGCAAGUCAGAGGAGAUGAACCGGUGCAGAAAACUGUGGAGCAGUUGUGACUGGGGGGAAGUUGUAAUGAGAUGGAAAUGACUCUGAGAGGGCUGCUGGGAAGGAGCAUCCAGGGGAGGUUUGGUGAUGAUGUUUGUAACGCAAGACAUGAGCCCAAAAGUACGAGCUGGUUCCAUUCUCAUCUAAUUAAAUUCCUAACAAUUAGCAAAUCCUGAUUUUUUUUUACCCCUGGCUCUCCCCACCUCUGUCUCCUUCCUCCUCUUUCUGGCAGAGUCAAAACCAGGAUUCCCUGUUACUCGCCCAGUGUUUCCAGCAGUCGGGUGGGCAGCUGUGGGUGCUGCAGGCCCAUGGCAGCGCCUGUGCCGACGGCAGCGGUGGCAGG